AUGCCGGCGAGAUGGCAAAAGAAGAUGGAGGAGAGGAAGAUCUGGUGGAGACGACAACAGCGAGCAUGUCCGAGCUCUGGUGUGGAGAGGACGGUGACGACGGCGAGCAGGUCCAAGCCGAGGAAGAAGACGCGGCGGCAUGUGGAGGUAUUUUGCUCCCUUGAAACUUGUCUGUAUAUGUCAGAUACUUCUUCGAGUAAACCGAACCGGAAAACCAGCUUCCGAGACCGGUGCCUGUUGAUGGCUAAGCAACAACGAACUCGCCUCUACAUCCUCCAACGCUGUGUUUCCAUGCUCCUUUGCUGGCAUGACCACUCUAUUUCCGACCAGCUGGUUCUAUGGAAGUCACUGACAUGCUUAAAGGGUGCUGGUGUGUGUAUUAUGACCCAAGUGUCAGGCUUUGUUGCUUUCCACGUCUGGAUAAGUAGAGAUUAUGAGGUGCUCCCGGACUUCUGCACUUUUGCUCCCUCCCUGAAAUCCGUGGUUCAACCAGAUUCUCACCAAACCUCCCAAACCGGCCACUUAGGAGACACCAGCGACAGACGUUCAGUCCAAGGAGCCUAUCUCGACAACCAGAAGGAGUUUGUCUAUGAAACAAAUUGUCAAAGAAGGAUAACUCAUCAAGGAGUCAUUUAG